CUAAUUGCCAACGCAACUAAUGAUAUAGCUUUUCCAACCAUAAAAAUAGACAUAGUUGAAGCUUCGUCAUUAGUUUCAAAUUUCAUUCUCUAAAACCUUCUUAUCUCCGCACCUAAUGACCCCUCUGUAUCAGUGUAACAUCUGAAGAAACUAUUUCCGGAGUUGGAUCUGCUGACUUAUAAUCAUCAAGGAGAAAGUUGAUCAAUGGAUGAUGCUGGAGGGUCGAAAUUGAAUGGAAUUAAGCAGAUAGUGAGAUUGAAGGAAAUGUUUCAGAAGUGGCAAAGUGUGACUCUGGGAUCAAAAGAGUCCAACAACAACCAUUCUGAUGUGACUCAUGAUCAUGGUCAUGGAGGCAUAUCACCAAUGAUUAACAAAAGGCUAACAAGUGUUGUGUAUUGUGACUCUGAUGAGGAUAGUUGCUACAGCCCUCAACCACCACAUGAUGUUCCCAAAGGCUACUUAGCCGUCUAUGUUGGGCCUGAGCUUCGGAGAUUUAUCAUUCCCACAACCUACCUUAGCCACUCUUUGUUCAAGGUUUUGCUCGAAAAGGCUGCAGAAGAAUUUGGAUUUGAUCAUAGUGGUGGACUCACCAUUCCAUGUGAAAUUGAGACCUUUAAAUACCUCUUGAAUUGCAUGGAGAACCAUCAUGAUAGCUCCACUGGAAACACAGGAACUAUGGAAGAAUAAUAAAUUACUCUGAUCCAUAUAGAGGGGAAAUCAUAGUGGUUGUUUCAAGUGUAAGGGAGAUUUCACUUGCUUCCUUCUUGGUUUUGAUUUCUUACGUGAACAAUGAUAGAAUACCACAAUUAGAAAAGUUUCUGAUGCCUCAUUUGUUUGUACUUUGUAGAACAGUUGUUAAACAUCUAUGUACUUUGUUU